GACUCAGCUGAAAGAUGGCGGCCGGCUCGGGCGCUGCAAGCGGCCACGGAGCCCGCAGCUCCAGCACCGCCGCUCUGGAGGCGUCCUUGGACCGGCGGUUUCAAGGAGUAUCAAACACUAUGGAGUCGAUACAGGGACUUUCGACUUGGUGCAUUGAAAACAAGAAGCACCACGGCCUGAUCGUCCGCCACUGGGUGAAGUGGCUCAAGAAGUCCGACAACAAUCAUCGAUUGAAUCUCUUCUACGUCGCCAAUGACGUGAUCCAAAACUAAAGAAAGAAUGCCAUUGUCUUUCGCUCGGCUUUCGCAGACGUCCUUCCCAACGCUGCUCUGCUCAUCAAGGACAUGAAGGUCCGGAAAUCAAUAGAAAGGAUCUUCACGAUUUGGGAGGAAAGAAGCGUUUAUCCUGAAGAGGUCAUCGGUCAGUUCAAAGCUAAUUUGAACAAAAAGGAAAAGGAGCGAGAGAAGCAGAAGGAAAAAGAAAAAGAGAAGGAAAAGGAGAAGGAGAAAGAGAAAGUAAAAGAGGCUCCAUCUGCAGUUGUCCCGGCCAAAACCAAAGCGGCCCUGAAGUCCAAAAUUGUAGCAGAGUUCACAGUAAGUUGUCGUCAUUCCCUCGUGGAGCAGCUGCUGAGCUACAAGCGAGCCGUCGCUGAAGAGGAGUUCAGGGAGAAGCAGCUCACAGCCCUCCGGGUGGACGUCUGCAGCGAGGCCCUCAAGAGGCUUAAAGAUAAAGCAGGAGGGAACAAGUUCGCGAAGGACUUUGAGGACGGAAGUCUGAAGCUGCAGGAGUUUGUCGGAUUCCUGGAGACGGAGUUGAAAACGGGGCCGCCUCUGCUCGAGGCUCUGGGAAACGCAGACAUUUUCUACGAGAUGCAGUACAAGGAGGUCAAGAUCGUGGCCAAUGCAUAUAAUGCUUUUGCCAACCGUGUGGCCAGCCUGAAGAGGAAGCUGGAUUCUCUCAAGUCGACCCUCCCCGGGCCUGAAGACUCUCCCAUCCCCUCGCCAUCGGAAGAUGCCCCCUCGCCCUCCGGCUCCGACUCGCCCUUCCUGGGCGUGGUCUCUGGCAGAGCUCAGGUGGAUCCAGAGCUGGACUGGAAGGCCAUGGACGAGGCAGAGCUGCCGAGCGACAACAGGGACACGGAGGACAUGGACAUGUCUGACGAGGAGGCGGCGCCCGCUGCAGGAGGCGGUGACGACAAAGACAAGCCGUCCGCUGCUGUUGCAAAGACCGCAAAAACCGAAACGGCUGCAAAGUCUCCAAACCCGCCGGCAAAAGUCUCCAAACCCGCCGCUCCGGCCGUCACCUCGGGCCCGGUCACUCCCACGUCCACUCCCACCACGAGCGCUCCCGCCGCCGCCGCCCCUCUGGGGGUCAACCUGGCCAAAGUGGACCUGGGGAAGAUCAGCUCCAUUCUCAGCUCCCUCACCUCUGCCAUGAAGAAUACAGGAGUCAGUCCGUCACCUCGGCCGUCUCCUGGGACGCCCACCACACCCGGCGGCCAAUCGUCCGCUGCCAAAGUGACGCCGCAGAGCCCAGCGCUGGCCAGCAUCCUGUCACGUGUCGACAUAACCCCAGAGGGAUCCUCAGUUGUGACAAACAGCAGCUCGGCUCUCCGACACGAACCCCCGGAAUCGACGAGCGUCAAAACCCCGAUAACCCCAGUUACCCCGGUUACCCCGACAACCCCGAAAACGAAGGCUCCUGUGAUCAAUAGCCUCAAGCGAGACACGCCGGUCAGGAACAGAGACUGGGAGACGGAGAGACAGCUGUCCCCCCCUCCUCCUCCUCCUCCUCGCCCUUCAGCGCCGUGUCCCCCCCCCAGUUUAGAAUCCAAGAUCAACAGUUUCUUGCAGGGCAACCCGGGUUUCAGCCUGGCGCUCGGGGACGUCAGUCCCGACGGGGUGGACGGGACGCCGGUGAGAGACGAGGCGGCCGGCACUCCGACCCAGGACGAGAUCAUGGACACGCCCGGGAGCGUGCCCGAGUCUCUGGGCUCCUCUGGAGGCCACGCGCUGUCGCCCACCGCCUACCGCAGCGAGCCCUGGGACGCCGUGAUCACGCCGUCGGGAAGCAACAGCGACGGGGACUUCCUGGGCUCGUCGUCUUCCCGGUACGGCGCCGGGAAGAAGAAACUGAAGGACGACGAAGCGAUGAGCACAAGGAAGACGGUGUCGUCCUCUCCCGCUAACGACCUGAGGGGGAAGAAAGACGAACACGGCCAGCUGAGGAUGCUGGGAAACAACAAAGUGAUGGGAGAGAGGAGGCUGUCCGGCGCCUCGCGUAAGACCAGCAUCGGCUCAGAUGACGGGAAAAGAGAGGACAAAGGAAAAGGUCAGGCGUCUGGCGGAGACGGGAAGGGGGGCCAGUACCACCGCAUCGAGACGCUGGUGUCGCCCUGCACGGAGGGGACGCCCAUCCAGACUCUGGGCUACUCCAACCGGCCGCUCGCCGGCGAGCGCAUCAAGACAGUAGAGAGCAUACGCGUGAUUGGCCGAGGCUCGCGGCGAGGGGCGGGGGCCGGCGGCCGGCCGGGCGGAGCCAUGUGGUACGAAGAGGAGGAGUACCUGGAGGCGCAGCCUCCGUCGCCUGAACGCCCCCCUCCUCCUCCUCAGCAUCCCCAACGGGGCGCCGAAGACCUGAUCCCCCCGACCCCGCCCCCGCAUUUCCUCCCGCCUCACCUCCACCCUCCGCCGGGCCCCCCACCUGCACCUCCCCCCCACAGUCCGUUCCCGGCGCCCUAUCACCCCGAGCACCUCCAGACCGCCCCGCCGCUCCACCACCAUCAGCCCCCCCCCACGCCCCCCUUCUUUGGCGCCCCCCCGCCCAUCCCUCGGCCCCCCCUCCUCCUCCUCCCAUCCCGCAGCGGCGCCCCCCGCGGCUCACCCCCUAUGCCGUCUGCCGUCAUGGGGGGGGUGUUGGUCCCCAUCGACCGCCCCUGCGCUCCUCCCCAGGUUAGGUCUGAAAGUGGCGAGCGGGGUGGCGGGGGGCAUCGGGGAAACAAGUCGGCCCCCCAGCCCCUAAUGCCCUCGCUGCUCGGUGAGCCGCCAAAGCACCCCCGGCCCGGCACGGUCAAAGAGCAUUUCGUCCCCCGCCACGCGCCCCUGCACCGCCCCGGCGCCCCGGGCGUUCCUCCGCCUUUACUGGGGAGAGUCAAAGAGCCGCUCAGUCUCCACCUUCCCCCCCACUCCCCGACGUCCUCCACCCCCCCCCCCUCCACACCCAACUCCCCCGCAUUCGACACGGCGCCGCCGCCACCGCCGCCGCCUCGCUCCCUGCCUCAGCCGACCCCCAACCCCGUCCCCUCCUCAACCUGCCCCCGAUGCUCCCGCCCCAUGCUGCAGAGGCCCCCUCUGCGGGGCAGAGCCCCCUCCCAGCACCCCGACCGCCACCACUCCGGCAGGGGUUUUCGCGGCGGGAAGCGGCCCGGCCCUCCGUUCGCCGGCGGCCCGUUCCACUCUCAGAAGAGGCCGUUCCUGCCGCCGCGCUACUGAGGCGGUCCGCCACCACGAGCCCGACGAGAGCCGCAAGCCACGCCUCUAGAAGUGCAGUGUGUGUUAGCCCUGCUGGUAUGAGCCCCGCUGUCUCUCUGUUCAUAAGCUUGAAUUAAAAACUACCUUAGGCUGUGUGUAAAUAGUUGAUACACAAAUAAAAGACGUGAUAGUCGUCA